GAGGAAGCGAGAGAGAGGGAAGGAGAGCCGGGCCUGGCCUGGCUGCGGGGCGCCCUGGGGCAGAGGCCCCGGCUUAGGGCCUAGAAGGAGAGCGGAGCCUCAGGGGCUCGGAGAGGAGAAGGUAAAGGCGCCCAACCGCCUCUUGAAGAAAGUUUGGGAUAUUGAAAAAAGAGGAUUGAAGACUUUGCAGUAGGUGCUGAGGAUGAACGUUGCAACGAUCACUUGGCUGCUCGCAAAUUCUUUCAUGCUACAUAAUCAGUGAAAGGAGGCCUCAGCAAUGGAGGACAAGCGGAACAUCCAGAUAAUCGAGUGGGAGCACCUGGACAAGAAAAAGUUCUAUGUCUUUGGCGUCUGCAUGACUAUGAUGAUCCGGGUCAGCGUGUACCCCUUCACGCUCAUCCGGACACGACUGCAGGUCCAGAAGGGGAAGAGCCAUUACAAUGGGACGUUUGACGCCUUUGUCAAGAUCCUGCGGGCGGAAGGAGCAGCUGGGCUGUAUCGGGGCUUCUUGGUCAACACCUUCACCCUUAUCUCGGGACAGUGCUAUGUGACGACGUACGAGCUGACCCGCAAAUACGUUUCCAUGUAUAACAACAACAACACCGUCAAGUCAGUGGUGGCCGGUGGCUCAGCUUCCCUUGUGGCCCAGAGCAUCACGGUGCCCAUAGAUGUGGUCUCUCAGCACCUGAUGAUGCAGCGGAAAGGUGAGACCAUGGGCCGGUUCAAGGUGAAGGCCUAUGAAGGCAAGCACUUUCCGGUCUUCGGCCAGACUCGGGACAUCAUUUCGCAGAUCUUCAAGGCCGAUGGGCUGAAGGGGUUCUACAGGGGCUACGUGGCCUCCCUUCUCACUUACAUUCCCAACAGUGCCGCCUGGUGGCCGUUCUACCAUUUUUAUGCAGAACAGCUUUCGAGCCUCACGCCCACAGACUGCCCGCACCUGCUCCUCCAAGCCAUAUCUGGGCCAAUGGCAGCUGCCACGGCUUCCACCCUCACCAACCCUAUGGACGUCAUCCGGGCUCGUGUGCAGGUGGAAGGCAAAAGCUCCAUUAUUCUCACUUUCAAGCAGCUGAUAGCUGAGGAAGGCCCCUGGGGCUUGAUGAAAGGCCUCUCAGCCCGUAUCAUCUCGGCCACCCCUUCCACCAUUGUCAUUGUGGUUGGGUACGAGACACUGAAGAAACUGAGCCUCCGUCCAGAGCUGGUGGACUCCAGGCAUUGGUAGCAGAACUGGAGACCUCCCCACACCCUGGAAUCUCUUGGACCAUGGUCACGGUUGGCAGUUCACCAAAAAUAAGAGAGUACAGUGGCUGGAGAACUCUUCCGUACAUCAUCAUGGAACUGUGGAGUAUUCAAUGCAAGUGUUUGUAUCAAGUAAACUUUCCUUAGCCCUGUAUUGGUCCGCUGCAUCCCUUUGGGCUGAUCCCAGCAUUCUGCAAUGGAAGAACCUACCGUAAAACUCUCGGACAUCUCACUCAUAUGUGAGCGAAACACAGCCCACCUCCUGGUCUUACUUUCUGUUCCUAAAUUAAAAGACUUUAACGGUUGAAGCAAAGUACCAGUGUCUUCUCGGAAUGGAUGUUGAUCCUUUUGCCAAAUUUCCACACUGGGAAAGUUAACUUGCUAGAGUCCAUGGCUAGGAAGGCUACCAGUUGCAGCAGUGUUUGCUGUAGAUAGAAAAAUAUUUAAUUGAUAAAAGACCCAUCCCCCUACCUCCCCCAAAUCUUCUAAUAUUUGAAGUUUUCAAGACUGGGGGGGAAAGCACCAAGUGUUAUUUUUUUAAGACACUGCUUUGAUAUCCGGACAAGAUUUGUACAUAUUUUUCUCCUUUUGUAUAUUCUUGGAAACUAUCUUGCCAAUCUUCCAUUAUUGAAGCAGUUGCGCUUUUUUUUUUUUGAUGUGUCAAGAUGAUUUUAAAGAAAGGCCCCUUUUUAGUCCAUAGCAGUUAUGAUGCAAAAUUGUAUUUCUGUGUGUGUAUCUUCUGAGAGGAGGGUGUAUAGUGCACCAGUUAUUCAGUGGCCUUUGCAGUGGGAGUAUAAAGGGGGG